GUACGGAAGCGUGUUCGGCGCUGGGCUCACGCGCCGUACGGAAGUGUGCUCUGGCGCACCGGAAGCCGUUGGAAGAGAGCGAUGGCGGGUUUGACUGUGAGAGACCCUGCGGUGGAUCGUUCUCUACGUUCGGUGUUUGUGGGGAACAUUCCAUAUGAGGCUACUGAAGAGCAAUUAAAGGACAUCUUUUCUGAGGUUGGACCUGUUGUUAGUUUCAGGUUGGUAUAUGAUAGGGAGACAGGAAAGCCAAAAGGUUAUGGCUUCUGUGAAUACCAAGACCAGGAGACAGCACUUAGUGCCAUGCGAAACCUAAAUGGGCGCGAAUUCAGUGGGAGAGCACUUCGAGUGGACAAUGCUGCCAGCGAAAAGAACAAAGAAGAGCUGAAGAGCCUUGGCACUGGUGCCCCUGUCAUUGAGUCACCUUAUGGAGAGACCAUCAGUCCUGAGGAUGCCCCUGAGUCCAUUAGCAAAGCAGUUGCCAGUCUUCCACCAGAGCAGAUGUUUGAGCUGAUGAAACAAAUGAAGCUCUGUGUCCAGAAUAGUCCUCAGGAAGCACGGAACAUGUUGCUUCAGAACCCUCAACUGGCUUAUGCUUUGCUACAAGCCCAGGUAGUGAUGAGAAUUGUGGAUCCAGAAAUUGCCUUGAAAAUUCUGCAUCGCCAGACAAAUAUCCCAACACUGAUUGCAGGCAACCCUCAGACAGUCCACAGCGCCGGACCUGGCUCAGGAUCCAAUGUGUCGAUGAACCAGCAGAAUCCUCAGGCCCCUCAGGCCCAGUCUUUGAGUGGAAUGCAUGUCAAUGGCGCACCUCCUCUGAUGCAAGCUUCUCUGCAGGCUGGAGUUGCAGCACCAGGGCAGAUACCAGCCACUGUAACAGGACCUGGGCCUGGUUCCUUAGCUCCUGGAGCAUAUAUUGUUCCUUUGAGGAAAACAGAAUUAUUGCUACGUGGGAAGGACCAGACAAGGACUUAUGGAGGAAUGCAGGCCCAGGUUGGAAUGCCAGGAAGUGGACCAGUGUCCAUGGAGCGGGGACAAGGAACCCUACAGCACUCGCCCGUGGGACCCACCGGGCCUGCAUCAAUUGAGCGAGUCCAAGUGCCGAUGCAAGACCCCAGAGCAGCUAUGCAGCGUGGGCCCUUGCCUGCCAACGUCCCAACUCCUCGAGGUCUGUUGGGAGAUGCUCCAAAUGACCCACGCGGAGGCACUUUACUUUCUGUAACUGGAGAGGUAGAGCCUAGAGGUUACCUGGGACCACCUCAUCAGGGUCCGCCCAUGCACCAUGUCCCUGGCCAUGACAGCCGUGGCCCACCCCCACAUGAGAUGCGAGGAGGGCCGUUAGCUGAGCCCAGACCUCUAAUGGCAGAGCCAAGAGGACCCAUGCUAGAUCAGAGGGGUCCACCAUUGGAUGGCAGAGGUGGAAGAGAUCCCCGAGGCAUAGAUGCACGAGGGAUGGAGGCACGAGCCAUGGAGGCAAGAGGAUUAGAUGCUAGAGGAUUGGAAGCCCGUGCGAUGGAGGCCCGUGCAAUGGAGGCUCGUGCAAUGGAGGCCCGUGCAAUGGAGGCCCGUGCAAUGGAAGUCAGAGGAAUGGAGGCCAGAAGCAUGGAUACAAGGGGCCCAGUCCCAGGCCCUAGAGGCCCUAUACCUAGUGGAAUCCAGGGUCCCAGUCCAAUUAACAUGGGGACAGUUGGCCCCCAGGGAUCCAGACAGGUCCCAGUCAUGCAGGGAGCGGGCAUGCAAGGAGCGAGCAUUCAGGGUGGAGGCCAGCCUGGUGGCUUUAGUCCUGGCCAGAACCAAGUCACUCCGCAGGACCAUGAGAAGGCUGCUUUGAUCAUGCAGGUUCUUCAACUAACUGCAGACCAGAUCGCCAUGCUGCCUCCUGAGCAGAGGCAGAGUAUCCUGAUCUUAAAGGAACAAAUACAGAAAUCUACUGGAGCGCCUUAAAAGGUUUUCAAAACUACCUGGCAACAAAUCUGGAAAUUAAUUCCAUAACUUUGUUGAAAUGUUGCAAAAAGAAGAAUUCUGCAUCCUAACCCUUGAAUGACUCAAAUUGGUGCCAGGUGGAGGACUCCCAUCACCUUCUCUCAGAACAAAAUCAGUUCAUUCUGUUGACUUAGUUUGUAUGUUUUCUGUGACUUGAAAUAAACUUUGAACACAA